AUGAAUAUGCUCACCGUGGGGCACUGUGGCACCGGGACGCGCAAGACCUGGCCAGGUGCCCGCGUCCCGGGCGCGCGGCCGGAACGCAGACCCUCAGCGCACGCCGGCGCCAGGCCCCUCAUCAGGCUCGGGGGAGCUGGGCGCGGCGCAGCGGCUCGGGAGCAGGCGGCAGGGGAGGCGCGGGAGACCCAGGCGCUCGGCGGCGGCGGGGACGCGCGCGGCCGCAAGCGCGACAAGGCGGUCCACGAGCGCGGCCACUGGAACAACAAGGUGGAGUUCGUGUUGAGCGUGGCCGGGGAGAUCAUCGGGCUGGGCAACGUGUGGCGCUUCCCCUACCUGUGCUACAAGAACGGUGGAGGAGCAUUCCUGAUUCCCUACGUGGUGUUUUUUAUUUGCUGUGGAAUUCCUGUUUUUUUCCUGGAAACCGCUUUGGGGCAAUUCACAAGCGAAGGUGGCAUUACAUGUUGGAGGAAAGUCUGCCCUUUAUUUGAAGGCAUUGGUUACGCUACGCAGGUGAUUGAGGCCCAUCUGAAUGUGUACUACAUCAUCAUCCUGGCCUGGGCCAUCUUCUACCUGAGCAACUGCUUUACCACUGAGCUCCCCUGGGCCACCUGUGGGCAUGAAUGGAACACAGAGAAAUGUGUGGAGUUCCAGAAGCUGAACGCGAGCAACUACAGCCAUGUGUCCCUGCAGAAUGCCACCUCCCCCGUCAUGGAGUUUUGGGAGCGCCGCGUCCUGGCCAUCUCUGAUGGGAUCGAGCACAUCGGGAACCUCCGCUGGGAGCUGGCCUUAUGUCUCCUGGCAGCCUGGACCAUCUGCUACUUCUGCAUCUGGAAGGGCACCAAGUCGACGGGAAAGGUUGUGUAUGUCACCGCGACCUUCCCCUAUGUCAUGCUUCUCAUCCUCCUGAUCCGAGGGGUCACGUUGCCGGGGGCCGCUGAAGGCAUCAAGUUCUACCUGUACCCUGACAUCUCCCGGCUCUCUGACCCACAGGUGUGGGUGGAUGCUGGGACGCAGAUUUUCUUCUCUUACGCCAUCUGCCUGGGCUGCUUGACUGCCCUAGGUAGCUACAACAACUACAACAACAACUGCUACAGGGACUGCAUCAUGCUCUGCUGCCUGAACAGCGGCACCAGCUUCGUGGCCGGCUUUGCCAUCUUCUCGGUCUUGGGCUUCAUGGCCUAUGAGCAGGGCGUGCCCAUUGCCGAGGUGGCUGAGUCUGGGCCUGGCCUCGCCUUCAUCGCUUACCCCAAGGCCGUCACGAUGAUGCCUCUGUCCCCGCUUUGGGCAACCCUGUUCUUCAUGAUGCUUAUCUUCCUGGGCCUGGACAGCCAGUUUGUGUGCGUGGAAAGCCUGGUGACGGCCGUGGUGGACAUGUACCCUAAGGUUUUCCGGAGGGGCUACAGGAGAGAGCUGCUCAUCCUGGCGCUGUCUGUGGUCUCCUACUUCCUGGGCCUUGUGAUGCUGACGGAGGGGGGCAUGUACAUCUUCCAGCUCUUUGACUCCUACGCCGCCAGCGGGAUGUGCCUGCUCUUCGUGGCCAUCUUUGAGUGUGUGUGCAUCGGCUGGGUGUACGGAAGCAACCGGUUCUACGACAACAUUGAAGACAUGAUAGGCUACCGGCCACUGUCCCUCAUUAAGUGGUGCUGGAAGGUGGUGACCCCUGGGAUCUGUGCGGGUAUCUUCAUCUUCUUCCUUGUCAAGUACAAGCCGCUCAAGUACAACAACGUCUACACGUACCCUGCCUGGGGCUACGGCAUCGGCUGGCUCAUGGCGCUGUCCUCCAUGCUCUGCAUCCCACUCUGGGUCUGCAUCCAGCUAUGGCGGAUGGAGGGCACGCUGCCUGAGAAAUUCCGGAAGUUGACAGUUCCCAGUGCAGAUCUGAAAAUGCGGGGCAAGCUUGGGGCAGGCCCACGGACGGUGACAGUUAAUGACUGUGAUGCCAAGCUCAAGGGUGACGGCAGCAUCGCGGCCAUCACAGAGAAGGAGACGCACUUCUGAGCCUGCCCGUCUGCCCACCACCUCGAUUCUCCUCCUCCCCUUCCCACGUGUAAAUGACCCUGAGCUUCUCCUAGUGGUAGGGGCUUUGCUUCUGUACACAGGAUUUAUUAACAUGUUAAUCUCCACGGGCCACUGUACACUCAGCUGACAGCCCCCGCCCCCACCUCGCUCGGUGACCACGGAAGUAUCCGCCACCACGAGAUAAUACUGUACAGUGACUAGCACCUCUCACAUCCCACUGUGGUUUUAAUCAGUGUGUCCUAGGGGUCAGUGUGCCAUAUUGUAAAACUUUUAUACUGGGGCUAUGGGCAGGUGGGGGGGGAUGACAAACACUGUUCUCUGUCGGCCUCUUUACCCACCAUUCCUGUCCCAUAUUUGUCCCUGACUCUGUGGGCAGCUGUUGCCUCCAGGUCCCCAGCUUCUCUCUUGACCCUGCCCUUUUUUGGAGGUGGGGUUUACAGGCUGAAGGUUACAUGGCAGAGCAGAGAAAGUCCCGCAGACUGGGGACUCCUGGGUCACAGGCCCCCUGCCUGCACUAAGUGAUCUUGGCCACUCCCUUCUCCUCCCUAGGCCUCAAUUUCCCUGUCUCCCAAAUUGGGGGAUUCUCUGUUUUCCUCCCUCCCCUGAAGCACUGCUGUUGACCUUGACUCCUUCUGAAGUCACACAGGCCAUCGCCUCCCCGGCCCCAGUCCCCACCCUGGAAACCUGAUUUCUUCUGCAAUGAUGUGGUGAUAUGUGUGCUAACCCUGGCUCUAUCCUUUUCCUGGCGUAGACCUUCCUGCAGCCUCCCACAGUGAAUGCUACUGGGAGGCCACAGGCCCCUUCUCCAUCCCCAGCCACCUUUUCUGCCUGCUGUCCCCUGCCUAUCCCCAUCCCGUCUUGUUUGUCCUGGUGGAUCCUGUGUGCAGACUGCUUUCCUCCCCUCCCCUCUUCUCUGCACCAGCUGCCAGAAGCCUCAGCUCCAGUCUGUUCAAACCACCUGGGGGUGAUCUGAGCAGCCCCUGGCUCUUGGGAUGAGGGGCGCAGGCCUCAGGCCAUGAGAAGGCAGGGCUGGCCUCAGGCCUCAAGAGCGGAUUCCUUUCCCUGAUUAACUGCACUUCGUAUCAAACUUCUGUGUUGCCUUCUGAACCACGGGCAUGAGGAAGGCUCAUUCUUUUUCCUUCCUGCACAGGUCCCAAUUCCGUUUGAUGUAAAUGUGAGCUUUUUCCAAAGGAGUCCCGUGUGUUCCAUUGACCCCAAGGUUUCCAAACGCCUCUGUUCUCUGCUACACCCAGCCCCCAUCUAAAGCCCGAGUUUGCUCACAGGGAGGCCCUGCACCCCAGGGCAGAUGGGGGCACCUUGUUCUGGGGCCCCUGUUGCGCCUGUCUGCUCAUGGACAGGCCAGCGCCCCCUGAGCCAUCCAGCCUGGGGGACCUGGGAGCGACCCCCUAUACUUGUUGGUCCUCAGCCACACUCCCCCCAGCAGGCUCCGGGGAGGGAGAUCUUCUGCUGCUACAGUCCCACCACCAGCUCCCAUGCGUGUGGGCAGACGGACAGAUGGACUGGUCCCCUGAGGUCUGCCGCUGGGACGCACGCAUCAGACACGUGGCUCCUAACACUUGACACUCUUAACCCUACUCAUGGGCGGGGCGGAGGGGGUUGGGUUUUCUGUGUUUUAUAAUUUCCUACUAGGACCUGGGUAACUUUAUGGGUGGGGAGGGCGAUGUGGGGCGGGGGCCGUGUCAUCGUGAUCACUUUUUUGAUAUUUGUUAGGAAUGAUACAUCCUUUCUGAGAUAUUUACGGUAUUAUUAAAAAAUGAAACCGGU